AUGUGGAUAGGAGAUGAGGUUGCUGUCAAGGCAGCUCGCUAUGACCCUGACGAGGACAUCAGCCAGACCAUUGAGAAUGUCCGCCAAGAGGCCAAGCUCUUUGCAAUGUUAAAGCAUCCCAACAUCAUUGCCCUCAGGGGUGUGUGUUUGAAGGAGCCUAAUCUUUGCUUGAUCAUGGAGUUUGCCCGUGGAGGAUCACUAAAUAGAGUGUUGUCUGGUAAAAGGAUACCUCCUGACAUACUAGUGAACUGGGCAGUACAGAUUGCGAGGGGAAUGAACUACCUGCACGAGGAAGCAAUUGUUCCCAUAAUUCACCGUGACCUGAAGUCCAGCAACAUACUGAUACUCGAAAAGGUGGAAAAUGGAGAUCUGAGCAACAAGAUAUUGAAGAUCACGGAUUUCGGCUUGGCCAGGGAAUGGCAUAAAACUACCAAAAUGAGCGCAGCUGGGACAUAUGCCUGGAUGGCUCCUGAGGUCAUCCGCUCCUCCAUGUUCUCCAAAGGCAGCGAUGUGUGGAGUUAUGGUGUGCUGCUUUGGGAGCUGCUAACAGGAGAAGUACCAUUCCGAGGAAUUGAUGGUCUUGCAGUAGCAUAUGGUGUUGCGAUGAAUAAACUUGCUCUUCCAAUCCCUUCCACCUGUCCAGAGCCUUUUGCCAAACUCAUGGAAGAUUGUUGGAAUCCUGAUCCACACUCCCGACCUUCCUUUGCCAGUAUCCUAGGCCAUCUCACUGCCAUAGAAGAGUCUGGUUUCUUUGAAAUGCCCAAAGAUUCCUUCCACUCCUUGCAGGAAGACUGGAAACAAGAGAUCCAAGAGAUGUUUGAUCAGCUCAGAGCCAAAGAAAAGGAGCUGCGCACAUGGGAAGAAGAGCUGACUCGUGCUGCUGUUGAACAGAAGAACCAUGAGGAGUUGCUACGAAGGCGGGAGCAGGAACUCGCUGAACGUGAGAUUGACAUCCUGGAAAGGGAGCUCAACAUCAUCAUCCAUCAGCUGUGUCAGGAGAAGCCUCGGGUGAAGAAACGCAUGGGGAAGUUCAAGAGAAGCCGGCUCAAGUUAAAAGAUGGCAACCAUAUCAGCCUGCCUUCAGAUUUCCAGCAUAAAUUCACUGUGCAGGCUUCUCCAACGAUGGAUAAAAGGAAAAGCUUGAUCAGUAGCUGCUCCAGCCCUCCUGCAAGUCCUACCAUUAUUCCCAGACUCAGGGCCAUACAGUGUAAGGAGCUCAAUAUAUAACUCCUGCUGAAAAAUGCUGAAAGCAGUAAAACGUGGGGACGAAGCUCAGUCCUUCCAAAGGAGGAAGGAGAUGAAGAAGAGAAAAGAGGCCAGAAGAAAAAGGGACGUACUUGGGGACCAAGCUCACUUUGUCACAAGGAGCUAGGUGCAGGAGAAGAUGGUCUGAAAGCUCUGGUAGAAGGAUACAAACAAUGGUCAUCCAGCGCACCAAACCUUGGGAAGAUCCAGAGAACUGCACCUGCUUUUCCAGGAUUCACCAGCUUAGCAGAGAUGGUGAAAUUUGCCAGUGCAGAUGUGGCAUCCAUGCGGUCUGUUUUCAUUUGCUUUCCAGAUGAUGAAGACAGUGAAUGUCUUAAUGGAGAGGGAAAAGUGCACCCUUCACCUGGGCACAAUCAGUCAUACCUCUGCAUCCCAUUUCAGAAGAAUGAAGACUGGGAUGGCCCUUCUAGUGAUGCUAAUGAGGAGGCCACCCCUGUGAACUCUGCUACUAGUACCCCACAGCUGACACCCACCAACAGCCUCAAACGUAGCGGCUCCCACCACAAGCGAUGUGAGGUUGCAUUGCUUGGCUGUGGAGCUGUGCUGGCUGCUGCAGGCCUGGGUUUUGAUCUGUUAGAAGCAGGAAAGUGUCAACUGCUGAUCGAGGAGGAGCCAGAGGCACCCAAGGAGGAGAAGAAGAAGCGUGACAGUAUUUUCCAGCGAGCAGGACGCCCACGCAGGAGCACUAGUCCACCCUCCCGAAAGAUCUUCAAGAAAGAGGAUCCCAUGUUGUUGCUAGGAGAGCCAUCCACAUCCCUCACCCUUCUUUCCCUGUCUUCCAUUUCCGAAUGUAAUUCCACCCGGUCGCUGCUGCGUUCAGACAGUGAUGAGAUUGUGGUGUAUGAAAUGCCUGUCAGCCCAGUAACAGUCAAGGCUCCCUUGCCAGCCAUUACGAACCCACUAGUCAAUGUCCAGAUUGAGAGGUUCAAACAAGACCCCAACCAGUCCCUGACUCCCACGCAUGUAACGGUCUCUUCUCACACCCAGCAAAGUGGGCAUAGGCGCACACCUUCUGAUGGGGCCAUCAAAGGAAGUGGACUAGUUGUCAAUGGGUGCCCAACCAGCGGAUGCCCUUCCAGUAGCUGUUUAACUGGAGCACUAGGAGCAGGUGUACUAAAAACACCUAGUCCAAGUAGAGAUCCCAAUGAGGUCCCUCGCCUGCCAGACCCCAACCUUGUUUAUCCUCCAACCCCAAGACGAUGGAAUGCUCAGCAGGACCCCACACUGGAAAGACCCAAGACAUUGGAGUUCCUGCCACGGCCACGUCCUGCAGCCAGUCGGCAGCGACUUGAUCCCUGGUGGUUUGUGUCACCCAGCAAUGCCAAGGGUGAAUCUUCUGCAAACAGUUCAAGUACUGAUACUCCAAGCAAUCUGGACUCCUGUUUUGCUAGUAGCAGCAGCACUGUAGAAGAGAGACCUGGACUGCCUGCACUGCUUCCUUUCCAGGUGGGUCUUCCUGUAGAGGAGCGGACACUGUUGGACAUAGACGCUGAGGGGCAGAGCCAGGACAGCACCAUUCCGCUAUGCAGAAGUGAACUUAACACACACAAAGCUGCAGCAUAUGAACUCAAGCAAGAAUUCUGGUCUUAG